CGCCCCCACCACCUACAAAUAAAUCCCCCGGCAUUUCCCCGGCCUACCAGCCUCUCCCUCCCUCCCACCUCCCGCGAGCGCCCCCGAAUUCCAGGUGCUCGUGGCGGGGCGGUAGGUGGCGACGAUGGAGUUCAAGCUGGCCGCCAAGGCCGCGGCGGCGUCGCCCGCGCCCGCGCACGCGCACCGGGGAGAAGGAGCGCAGGGCAGGAGCCGCGUCGGCUUCGGGCUCGGCUCGGCGGCGACCGGGACCAAGGCGCUGCGCGCGACCGCCAACAACUCCGCGACCCCCGUGGCCAAGGAAGGGAGGGUUGAUCGAAGUGAAAUAUUGACACUGGAUAGCAUCAGACAAACUUUGAUUAGACUAGAAGACAGCAUCAUAUUCGGCCUCUUGGAGAGAGCCCAGUACCGUUACAAUGCUGAUACAUAUGAUAGCAAUUCUUUCCACAUGGAGGGUUUUGAAGGAUCUUUGGUUGAAUACAUAGUUAGAGAAACUGAAAAGCUACAUGCGCAGGUUGGGAGAUACAAGAGCCCAGAUGAGCACGCAUUCUUUCCAGAUGAUCUGCCUGAGCCGCGGUUGCCACCUAUGCAAUACCCAAAGGUUCUGCAUCCCGUUGCUGAUUCUAUUAACAUCAACAAAAAGAUUUGGAAGCUGUAUUUCGAUGAACUUCUUCCAAGGUUGGCGAAAGAAGGAAGCGAUGGCAAUUAUGGAUCCAGUGCUCUCUGUGACACGUCUCUCUUGCAGGCACUCUCUAAAAGAAUCCACUAUGGGAAGUUUGUGGCAGAGGCCAAGUUUCAAGAGUCCCCUGAAGCUUACAGGCCUGCCAUAAAAGCCCAGGACCCUGUUCAACUCAUGCAACUCCUCACAUACGAGACUGUGGAGCGUGCUAUCGAGCACAGGGUGGAAGCGAAGGCCAAGAUCUUCGGGCAAGAGGUGAACAUCGGCGCUGAGGCCAACGGCGCCCCACCGGUGUGCAAGAUCAACCCCAGCAUAGUCGCCGGGCUGUACAGGAGAAUCAUGCCGCUAACCAAGGAGGUUCAGGUCGCGUACUUGCUUGGGAGGCUGGAUUGAGUGUUGCUGCUUAUACCGCUCUAGACUCCGAGAUUCGAAUUCCCUGGCAUUAAAAAUAACUUGAAGCCAGAACGUCUGUAGGUAUCCGCUUUUGGGGAGGUUGGAGAAUAUACACCGUGUGUGGAGUUGUGGCAGGAACAUGCAGAAUCAUCAUGUGGAGUUUGUCGCGUACUCGCAUGUGCAUGUAGUGAGUACUGUUAACGCUUGAAUGCUGUAUGCAAAUACUGGGUCACUUUCGUUGGUGGGGGGUGCCUUUGUGAGCCGGAGGCCGAAUGGUUACUUCGAAAAAAGAAUGGUUCUCGGAAUUAAGGUGCUGGUUACGCUGUUUUACGGUCUUA